GGCCGUGGAGGUGGCGCUGGGGACUGUUUUCUCUCGGAGGCCGGAGCGGAGCCGCGUCUGACUGAGGCGGGCGGCAAGCGGCCCCCUCGCUCCCUCCCUCCCUCCUCCGCGCCCUCCCCGCCGCCGCCAGCCGCCAACCGCCAACCGCCGCGCCCGGGGAGGAGCCGCGGCCCGCGGGGCCGGAGCCAGGCCUGCGUCCGGACAUCAGCCGGAGCCGGAGCGAGAGCCGGGGCCUCGGCGUCCCCGCCCUCUCCCCGCCUCAGGGCCAGCGUCCGCCGGGCCCUCGCGUGUCGCGCCAUGGACUCGGACGAGGGCUACAACUACGAGUUCGACGAGGACGAAGAGUGCAGCGAGGAGGACAGCGGCGCCGAGGAGGAGGAAGACGAGGACGAGGAUGAGCCGGACGAUGAUAACCUGGAUCUGGGCGAGGUGGAGCUGGUGGAGCCCGGGCUGGGCGUCGGCGGGGAGCGGGACGGACUGCUGUGCGGGGAGACGGGCGGCGGCGGCGGCAGCGCUCUGGGGCCCGGCGGCGGCGGUGGCGGCGGUGGCGGCGGCGGCGGGCCAGGGCACGAGCAGGAGGAGGAUUACCGCUACGAGGUGCUCACGGCCGAGCAGAUUCUGCAACACAUGGUGGAAUGUAUCCGGGAGGUCAACGAGGUCAUCCAGAAUCCAGCAACUAUCACAAGAAUACUCCUUAGCCACUUCAAUUGGGAUAAAGAGAAGCUAAUGGAAAGGUACUUUGAUGGAAACCUGGAGAAGCUCUUUGCUGAGUGUCAUGUAAUUAAUCCAAGUAAAAAGUCUCGAACACGCCAGAUGAAUACAAGGUCAUCAGCACAGGAUAUGCCUUGUCAGAUCUGCUACUUGAACUACCCUAACUCGUAUUUCACUGGCCUUGAAUGUGGACAUAAGUUUUGUAUGCAGUGCUGGAGCGAAUAUUUAACUACCAAAAUAAUGGAGGAAGGCAUGGGACAGACUAUUUCGUGCCCUGCUCAUGGUUGUGAUAUCUUAGUGGAUGACAACACAGUUAUGCGCCUGAUCACAGAUUCGAAAGUUAAAUUAAAGUAUCAACAUUUAAUAACAAAUAGCUUUGUAGAGUGCAAUCGACUGUUGAAGUGGUGUCCUGCCCCAGAUUGCCACCAUGUUGUUAAAGUCCAAUAUCCUGAUGCUAAACCUGUUCGCUGCAAAUGUGGGCGCCAGUUUUGCUUUAACUGUGGAGAAAAUUGGCACGAUCCUGUUAAAUGUAAGUGGUUAAAGAAAUGGAUUAAAAAGUGUGAUGAUGACAGUGAGACCUCUAACUGGAUUGCAGCCAACACAAAGGAAUGUCCCAAAUGCCAUGUCACAAUUGAAAAGGAUGGCGGUUGUAAUCACAUGGUGUGUCGUAACCAGAACUGUAAAGCAGAGUUUUGCUGGGUGUGUCUUGGCCCUUGGGAACCACAUGGAUCUGCCUGGUACAACUGUAACCGCUAUAAUGAAGAUGAUGCAAAGGCAGCAAGAGACGCACAGGAGCGAUCUAGGGCAGCCCUGCAGAGGUACCUGUUCUACUGUAAUCGCUAUAUGAACCACAUGCAGAGUCUACGCUUUGAGCACAAACUAUAUGCUCAGGUGAAGCAGAAAAUGGAGGAGAUGCAACAGCACAACAUGUCCUGGAUUGAGGUGCAGUUCCUGAAGAAGGCAGUUGAUGUCCUCUGCCAGUGUCGUGCCACACUCAUGUACACUUAUGUCUUCGCUUUCUACCUCAAAAAGAAUAACCAGUCCAUUAUCUUUGAGAAUAACCAAGCAGAUCUAGAGAAUGCUACAGAGGUGCUUUCGGGCUACCUCGAAAGAGAUAUUUCCCAAGAUUCUCUGCAGGAUAUAAAGCAGAAAGUACAAGAUAAGUACAGAUACUGUGAGAGUCGACGAAGGGUUUUGUUACAGCAUGUGCAUGAAGGCUAUGAAAAAGAUCUGUGGGAGUACAUUGAGGACUGAGAAUGGCCCUGCAUAAAAUGAACUCUGAAAACUUUACCAUCUAGAGUGCUCAUGCAAUUAAAACAAAACAAAACAAACACAAACAAGGAGGCACUAAGCCUGUUCUGACGCCUCUGGUCUAUAGUACCAGAAUUCUGUUUUGUUAACGGAAAGUUUAAGUAAAUUAUAUUGUAAUAAAAAAAGGUAGAUAAACCAUUGUACAACAGUAUUCUAGGCCGCCAACAAAAGUGUGACAGACACACUAAAAAGCCCUCCAACUUUAACUUGUAACGUAGCUUCAUUCUCAAAGCUGACUCCUUUUUUUUUCUUUUUCUUUUUCCUGAGUAUAGUACAGUUAAAAUUUAAAACAGCUCCUUGACACUGCUUUUCAUGUCCAAACCAGCCAUUUUGUUGUACUUUGGUAAAGGACCUCUUCCCCUUCCGCCCUUACACAUACGAAUACACCCACACACACAGACUGACUCUCUCUCUCUCAUACCCCAAGGUCAUGAGUGAAUUAGUGAAUUAGUUCCUUGUAAAGAAAAUUCUUGGGGCGGGGAAGGGGGUAGGCAGCAGGAGGAAUUAAACAAAAAAACACAAAAAAACUUUGUAUAUGACUUUUAAAACAAGAGGACAACACAGUAUUUUUCAAAAUUGUAUAUAGCGCAUAUGCAUGGACAAAGCAAGCGUGGCACGUGUUUGCAUAAUGUUUAAUUACAAAAAAUAUUUAUUCUUUAAAAAUCUUCAAGAUUAUGUCUAUUUGCUGUGCAUUUUCUUUCAGUUUGCUUUAUCUUUCCAGGGUUGAGGGUUGGGAUAAAGGUGUGUUGGUUUAGCACCUCUGGAAGACCUAAUGAGCUCUUUGAUUUCCCUUUCCUGAGAUUGCUUUGCCCUUUCUCGUUUGGUAUGCCCAUUGCUGGCCAGGGGCCUCAUGCCUUGAAUUCCAGCUCUUGAUCAGGGACAGGGAAGUCAAGCUCUGACUAAAUGCCAUGGCCUGAUAAGGGCUGCAACAGGGAGGUUUUUGCUGUAUUUCAAGAAUGACCCAGUCCCAGCCUCCUCCUCUUCCAUGGCCUCAUCCAUCUACGUAAGCCUUUGUGCGCCCCUGUCAUGCACACACCUGAAGGCUUCCUAUGCUCCCUAUCACAUCCAGAGGAAACAUUUCAACUUUUUUCCCCCCUUAAUUGCUGCUUUGAGCCUUUUAAGAUUUUAGUUCUGGCUCUUCUCUCACCCCUUCUUUACAUUAGGGUGUCAAAUAGAAUGUUUUUGCUUUAAAUAUAAAUAUAAAUAAAUAGCCAUUCACUUAGUUUCAGAUUGUGAAUUUAAAACGGCAGAUACUGAAAUUGCUUGUGUGUGUUGCUGUGGGUUCAGUUUGAAGGAGAACACCCCUAGAACAUAAUAUUCCCAUCUAGUGCAUUUAAAUAGAAAUCAAUGAGUUUGCUUCUUUUCUAUUGUCAGCAGAUAGGAGAAUUAAUAAUGCAUUUUAGCUGUGAUGUCCAUUUUUAUGAAAUUUCUACUAAGAGCUAUGUUAAAAGUAAAGGAUGGUGGUGGUUUUAUUAACUAUAUACCUGUUUAGGCCAUUCUGGCUGUGGUAUUUUUCAACAGGUCAGCAUCCCUAAAUCUGUCAGUUUUCUACAGGAGUGCAGAGUGAAUUAGGCAACUAGAUCAAGAGGUCUUCAUAUUAAAUACCAAUUUUGGUGACCUCUUUGUCUUCCUUUAAAUGUCUUGCGCCUAGGGAGUGUUUACCAUUUGUGAGGCAGCUUUGUCUGCUCUUGCAUUGUACAUCUUAUUACUCCAUUGGGAAGUAGGUUCACUUUCCUCUGGCCUUUUGCCUAAGUUAGGCUUUGCUGAAUCAACCCUACUUUUCCUUUUAGAAAAAGGUUGUUACAUGAGAUGUACUUGCAACUGUUCUUUUCCCAUCAAAAAUCAGUGAAUGUUUGCUGAAUAUAUUAUGCUGCUUCCUUAAACCACUUGUCGCUUUAGGAUCAACUUUACCCAUACCUCUCAUCCUCCCCUCCCUUGCCACCUCAGGUGCAAAUCUGAACUCAGUGUCUGCUUCCAGUCUCUUCUCCUCCCCUCCGCCCUCAUCAUUCAUUUGACUUUAUUUUAAAUGACUGCAUCAAUCUUAAAAUACAUUUAUUGAAACUAAGGAGACUUUUUUUUUUUUUAAUAGAAAGCUUGAAUGAGUUCCUUUCCCUGGUAACUUUGAAAAGCAGCCAGAGUUGCUAUCUAGAUAUAUGUGGCUUCCCUUAAAACAUUUUGUGUAUGUGUGGUGUUUUAAAAACUCUUACCAGUUAACUGCAGUAUCUAGGUUUCAGUGUCAUAAAUCCUCUUUACAUGCUCCCCUUGCAACAGGUAUCCAGAAACAGUGUGUGCACUUCAUAAUAUCAGCCCCUACCCAUGGAGGAACAGUGCUUUUUAGAGAUGCUUUUUAGUUUCAGUGUUGGCAUAUUACCUAAGGGUAUUGCAGUUGUGGGUGCAUUCCCUAAUUUGUAUGGAUCAAGGUGAACUGGCUUUUUCUGAACUUCCAAGCUUUUAACAGCUAUCUCCAUGUUUGACAGAAUUCCCUGAGUUCAUUGCUUUCAUCGUUAGUAGCUUCAGUGACCCCAGCUGAGAUAGGCAAGCCGUAUUGAAUGACAGCUUCCCUAUUUCUACCUAAGUCUUUUAGUCAGAGGGCUCUAUUCACGGUAAGCACCAGGGUCUCCUUGUCUUCUUGAGGGCAGUUAACAUUGUCUUUUGAAAGUGCAUGAUGCUUCAUUUGAACAAUUCAUUGAGCAGUAGAUGGACUUUAAAUGAUUUUCAAUAAAAUUUUGAUCCAAAGCUCAGGAUACACACAGUGGUAAAAUUGAGUAGCAUAUAAUAUCAUCAGACCCUAAAUUCUGUGUAAUUUGCAACCCAGAUUGUAUGUGUUUUAUGUGUGUUUAAAUAAAUAUAUUAAAUACACAUGUGUAUACAUACACACAUAUAUAACAGAUCCAAGACAACUGACUUGAUUUGAAAUGGUUGAAUCUGCAGUGUAAAAUGUGAUUCAGCCAUGAUUAGGAACUGAAAUUUAGUACAAGAGAGAAAAGGACUUGAUGUAACAAAAUCUUUCAGCUACAGAUCCCGGUAUAGAGCACUUGGGGGAAGGGAGGGGGCGGGUUGGUGAGACAAUCAGAUCGGUAAAUUGAUUAAAUGCUCCUAACCCUGUAAUUUUGUGCAUAGAGCACCCUGUGCUGUGGAAAUAACUGUUCUUAGAUUUUCAUUGUAACUGGACUGUUCAGGUUGCCCAGAGGGAAAGAACAUUCCUAAUUCUAAUAAAAUAAACUUUUAUUUUGUUAUUCCAUUA